CAUGGCAGCCAACUGCGGCGAGUGAAAGGUUGUUGUGACGUGUGAGGCACUUUUCGCACUUCAUUUAUUUGCAUUUUCCCGGGACGAACAGCCCAUUUUCACCAGUGAAAUGAUCCACAGUCUCUUCAUCAUCAACUCCAGCGGGGAUGUUUUCCUGGAGAAGCACUGGAAGAGUGUUGUUCCUCGCUCCGUUUGCGACUACUUCCUGGACAUUCUGCGCGCCAAGCCCAACGACAUUCCCCCCAUAAUCGCCACACCACACCACUAUCUCACCUGCAUCCAGCGCGGCGGCGUUUACCUGCUGGCCGUGUGCAAGCAGGAGUUUCCGCCGCUCUUCGUGAUUGAGUUCCUGCACCGCGUCGUGGACAUCUUCGAUGACUACUUCUCCGAGUGCACAGAGACCACCAUCAAGGAGAACUACGUGGUGGUGUACGAGCUGCUGGACGAGAUGCUGGACAAUGGCUAUCCACUCGCGACGGAGAGCAACAUUCUCAAGGAGCUGAUCAAGCCACCGAACAUCCUCCGGACAAUCGCCAACACCGUGACGGGCAAGUCCAACGUGAGUGGCACUCUGCCGUCCGGGCAGCUCUCCGCCAUUCCCUGGAGACGGACUGGCGUGAAGUACAACAACAACGAGGCGUACUUCGAUGUCGUGGAAGAAGUCGACGCAAUCAUUGAUAAGUCCGGAUCGACCGUGUUUGCGGAAAUCCAAGGAUAUAUUGACUGCUGCAUCAAGUUGAGCGGAAUGCCCGACUUAACACUCUCCUUCAUGAAUCCGCGCCUGUUUGACGACGUGUCCUUCCAUCCGUGCGUGCGAUUCAAGCGCUGGGAGUCCGAGAGGAUUCUCUCCUUCAUCCCACCAGACGGCAACUUCCGCCUCAUGUCCUACCACAUCGGCACGCAGACCGUUGUGGCCAUUCCCAUCUACAUUCGUCACAAUCUCAUCCUGCGCAACGGCGAGCAGGGCAAGCUAGACCUCACGGUGGGGCCGAAAACCACCCUCGGACGCACUCUGGAGAACGUGAAGCUGGAGAUUUGCAUGCCAAAAGCCGUGCUCAAUUGCAUUCUCGUGGCGAAUCAGGGCAAAUACACCUUCGAUCCAGUCACGAAGAUCCUCCAUUGGGACGUCGGGCGGAUCGAUAUCACCAAAUUGCCAAAUAUUCGCGGAGCGAUUGCUGUUCAAGCUGGCUGUUCAUCUAUAGACACAAAUCCCUUCAUCAAUGUGCAGUUCACCAUUUCCCAAUUGGCGGUGUCUGGGCUCAAAGUGAACCGCUUGGAUAUGUACGGUGAGAAGUAUAAGCCCUUCAAGGGCGUGAAGUACGUGACGAAGGCAGGUAAAUUUCAAAUUCGGAUGUAGUUUGAAAGUCACAGCAAAUCUCAUUCUUAUCGUAAACUUCAACAUCUCUAUUUUUCGAUACAAUAAAUGGCUAAAUUAGGACAUCUAAA